AUGAAUGUUUUUGUAAAAUCCUUUGUACCUGUAGUAAGUGUAAAUAGUAAUGUGUCAAUAACAAUAAUAUCGUUAUCAAAUCAUGUAAUUAAAGUAUUUGUAAUUUAUAAUUUAAGGUUAAACCUUUAAUAAGAUGUAUUUCAACAACUCGUAUGAAUUAUAAAGAUGACUUUCAAGAUGUGAUUCAUCCAGAAAGCCGAGAACCUGACAUACCACUAUAUAUCCAACGUAACGAAGAAAGUAAAGAUAUUAAAAAAGCUCGACUAUUGUAUCAAUCUCGUAAACGUGGUAUGUUAGAAAAUGGUCUUCUUUUAAGUACAUUUGCUAAGAAAUACCUAUCUAGCUUUAAUGAUAAACAACUACAUUUGUAUGAUUGUCUUAUCAAUUUGCCAUCCAAUGAUUGGGACAUAUUUUAUUGGGCUACUGGUGCAAAACCCACUCCAUCUGAAUUUGACAAUGAAGUUAUGGAUUUGCUAAAAAAACAUAUAAAAAAUGAAGAGCGUCAAGCAAGAAUAAUGCAACCUGAAUUAUGA